AUGACAGUAGCAACAUCCCAGAUUCCUAUUAAACAAGAAGACAUGGAUGGAUCACUUGGGAUCAAUUCAGUUACACAAGAUCAAUCAAACGAUUUGGGUAAUAGUAAUGCAAGUUCAAAAAGCAUGUUGGAAAAUAAUGAACAAAUCUCUUUAAAUGAAUUCGAACGUCAAAAAUCAAAUAGAAAUUCUGCAAUUGAUUCUAAUCAAGUAUUGAGUCAAGUUUUACCGGAACAACCAGAUUUAAGAAUUAUUCGUCGUAAAAUAACAAAUUAUGUAGGCUUCGCUAAUUUACCAAAGCAAUGGCAUAGAAAAUCAAUUAAAAAAGGUUUUAAUUUAAACAUCUUAUGUGUAAGCCAAACUGGUUUGGGUAAGUCAACUUUGAUCAAUACAUUGUUUAACAAAAACAUUUAUAAUGAAGAAAAUGGUUCUAAUAUUGUUAAUUCAACUACCGAUAAUUUAGAUAAAAUUAAAUUAGAAGAUGAUAAUAAUACUAUCUCAAAUGAAGAAAGUGCUGAAAACACUAAUACUGAUAAUGUAAGCUCAAACAAUGGCAACAAUAAACACAAUAGCAGUAAUGGUAACAGUGAAUCAAAUCAACCAAAUGUUAGAAUCGAAUCUGUAUCUACAAUCAUUGAAGAAAAUGGUGUUAAUUUAAGAUUAACUGUCGUAGAUACUCCAGGUUUUGGUGAUUCUAUCGAUAACACAAACUCGUGGGAACCAAUUAUUAAAGAAGUAGACUCUAGAUUCGAUCAAUAUUUGGAUGCCGAAAAUAGAAUCAACAGAUCGGUAAUUGAAGAUAACAGAAUUCAUGCCUGUUUGUACUUCAUCGAACCAACUGCUCAUUUCUUAAAGCCAUUGGACUUAGAAUUUUGUAAACAAAUUCAUGAAAAAUGUAAUUUGAUUCCAAUUAUUGCUAAAUCUGACAUUUUAACCGAAGAAGAAAUCGACUCUUUUAAAAGAAAAAUUACAAAACAAUUACAAGAAGCUGGUGUUAAAUUAUUCAAACCUCCUCACUAUGAAUUGGAUGAUAAAGAAACAAUUAAAUUGACAGACGAAUUAUACAAUAAAUUGCCAUUUGCCGUCGUUGGAUCCACUGAUCUAGUGGUAAAUGGUGAAGGUAAACAGGUAAGAGGUAGAUCGUAUCCAUGGGGUAUUGUGGAAGUUGAUAAUGCUAACCAUAACGAUUUCGUAUACUUGCGUGAUUACUUGGUAAGACAAUAUUUAGAAGAAUUGCGUGAAAGAACAAAUAAUGAAUUAUAUGAAAAUUAUAGAUCUGAAAAAUUAACAAAAUUGGGUAUUAACCAAGAUAAUUUAGUUUUUAAGGAAUUUGAUCCUGAAACUAGACAAAAAGAAGACAAACAAUUACAUGAAGCAAAACUUGCUAAAUUAGAAGCCGAAAUGAAAUCUGUCUUCCAAACCAAAGUCUCAGAAAAGGAAAAGAAAUUACAAAAAUCUGAAGCUGAAUUAUUUGCCAGACAUAAGGAAAUGAAAGAAAAAUUAACAAAACAAUUAAAAGCAUUGGAAGAAAAGAAGCAUCAAUUAGAAAUGUCUAUUGCAAAUCAAAUGACAAGUUCUCCUGCUCAAAAGAAGAAGGGUUUCUUACGUUAG